AUGCAAAGCCGGCUGCCGACGCCAAUUAAGCCUCAAGUCCUAGCGAAAUAUUUAGAAGGUUACGACCAUGAAUUAACCACAUUUCUGCUGGAUGGUUUCACGGACGGCUUCCGUUUAGAAUAUCAGGGAAUUCGCGCUAGCAGUUUCUGCCCGAACUCGCCGUCGGCUAGUAAGCAUCCAGAGGUCAUCGAUAGGAAAAUUGCAUCUGAGCUACAAGAAAGUAGAAUUCUCGGCCCGUUUGAUUCUCCACCUACGCCCGAUUUUAGGGCAUCCCCCAUUGGUGUUGUCCCUAAGAAGGAACCUGGGGACUUUCGUAUGAUCCACAACCUGUCGUACCCUCGCCAAGGCGAUUCCAUUAACAAGGGCAUCCCCAAAGAUCUUACUAGUGUUAAAUAUUCUUCUAUCUAUGAUGCAAUUUCCUUCAUCAAAAAGCAGGACAAACAGGUUAACCUAGCGAAAUGUGAUGUUAAGUCGGCUUUCCGUAUCAUUCCCGUUGCUCCCGAAGAUUACCCCUGCUUGGCUUCGAGUGGCGGGGAAAAUACUAUAUGGAUCGGGUGUUACCGAUGGGGGCCAGCAUUUCCUGCUCCCAUUUCGAAAGGUUUAGUACUGCCAUAG